CUGUGCGAUAGUUGGCCCGCCAUCAUCGAUAGACCUCUCAGAAAUUAAGAAAACAAUAUCAACAUCAAGCUACUUAGUUCGCUGCAUAUUUCUAGUUAGUUUCCUUUGCUUUUCCCCUUUAGAGGCAAUUAAAAAUCGAGCAACAGCUCGCACAAAGGUUGCUAACAUCCGUCCAGUUUCUGCCAACCAUCGGCCAUUGGCUAUCGAAAAAAGAUCGCUAGUGAAUUAAAUAUCGCACAUAGUUUUUUGCCCGCAAGACAGUUUUCGCAGUAACAACAACACCACUCACACAAACACACAGCACACUCAGCUAAAAACGUGUUAAAGUUCGCAUUACUUUUUGUUGCAUAAAUUUUUAAGUGAAUAAUAGUAUGAUGCCAAAACGCGGCGGUGGCAGCAGCCAGCGGUACAACAACAACGUUGGCAAUGGCGGCGGACGUUAUACCGCUCCAGAGGAUUUCGAUGAUUUUGAUGUGGAGGAUCGCCAGCGACGCAAGGAUCGCAACAAGCGGCGCGUCAGCUUUAAACCCUCCCAAGCCCUACAUAACAAGAAGGACAUCAAGCUGCGACCCGAAGAUUUGCGUCGUUGGGACGAGGAUGAUGACAUGAGCGAAAUGACCACGUCCACUAAGGAUAGACCCACCUCCCGACGUCGGGGAUCGCCCAUUCCGCGCGGCAAGUUCGGCAAACUGAUGCCCAACAGCUUUGGCUGGUACCAAGUCACGCUACAAAACGCCCAGAUAUACGAGAAGGAAACACUCUUGCGUGCACUCUUGGCAGCGAUGUCGCCACAUGUCUUCAUUCCUCAAUAUUGGCGGGUAGAGCGAAACUGCGUGGUCUUCUUUACGGACGACUAUGAGGCGGCCGAACGCAUUCAACAUCUGGGCAGGCAUGGCCAUCUUCCAGAUGGCUAUCGUCUAAUGCCACGCGUGCGAAGCGGUAUACCACUGGUGGCCAUCGACGAUGCCUUCAAGGAGAAGAUGAAGGUCACAAUGGCCAAGCGUUACAAUAUACAAACCAAGGCGCUGGAUCUUUCCCGGUUCCAUGCCGAUCCGGAUCUCAAGCAUAUUUUCUGCCCACUUUUCCGUCAGAAUGUGAUGGGCGCUGCCCUUGACAUUAUCUGCGACAAUAUACCCGACUUGGAGGCCCUUAAUCUGAAUGACAACUCCAUUACCAGCAUGGAGGCGUUCAAGGGUGUGGAGAAACGCAUACCGAACCUCAAGAUUCUCUAUUUGGGGGAUAACAAGAUACCAUCUUUGGCCCACCUUGUCGUGCUUCGCAAUCUGGCCAUCGUGGAACUCGUUUUAAAGAACAAUCCCUGCCGUUCCCGCUACAAGGAUUCCCAGCAGUUUAUCAGCGAAGUACGUCGCAAGUUUCCCAAACUGCUUAAAUUGGACGAAGAGACCCUGGAGCCGCAGAUCACAUUUGAUCUAGCCGAGCAGGAACGUCUUCUCGAAACGAAGGCAUCCUACCUGUGCGACGUCGCUGGCGCCGAGGUGGUGCGCCAGUUCCUGGACCAGUACUUCCGCAUAUUUGACUCGGACAAUCGGCAAGCUCUGCUAGAUGCCUACCAUGAGAAAACGAUGCUCUCCAUAUCGAUGCCUUCGGCCAGUCAGGCGGGCAGAUUGAACAGUUUCUGGAAAUUCAAUCGCAAUCUCCGGCGCUUGUUAAACGGCGAAGAGAAUUGCAUACGAAACUUGAAGUACGGACGCCUGGCCUGUGUUUCCACAUUGGAUGAAUGGCCAAAAACGCAGCACGACCGUCGCACCUUCACCGUCGACCUGACCAUCUACAAUACUUCAAUGAUGGUUUUCACCGUGACGGGAUUGUUCAAGGAGCUGAACGCCGAGCCCAGCAAUCCCGGCUCCAUGGAAUUGUAUGACGUUCGCCACUUUGCCCGCACCUACGUGGUGGUGCCACAGAAUAAUGGUUUUUGUAUCCGCAACGAGACGAUCUUCAUCACAAACGCCUCGCACGAGCAGGUGCGAGAGUUCAAGCGAUCGCAGCACCAGCCUGCUCCCGGAGCUAUGCCCUCCACUUCCAGUGCGGUGGCCAGUCCUCAAGCCGGGGCAGUGGCGGGUCUGCAGGGUCGUCUGAAUGCGUUGAGCGUGACCACUGGGCCGGUGGCUAUACUACCAGGAGAUCCGCUGGCGGCCACCGCGCCGGUGAACAGCGGCAGUGCCGCCAUAUCGGCAACAGCAGUGGCACCUGGCGCCCAGGAUGAGAACACUAAAAUGCAAAUGAUUCAGGCCAUGAGCGCCCAAAGCCAAAUGAAUGUGAUCUGGAGUCGGAAAUGCCUGGAGGAAACGAAUUGGGACUAUAACCAUGCCGCCUUUGUGUUCGAGCAACUAUUCAAGGAGAACCAAAUACCGCCUGAGGCUUUUAUCAAGUAAAACGCAUUGGAGUUCCCGUAGGACAGAGCCGAGUGCCACAUCCACAUAAUCGAAUGUUGUUUUUUUUUAUUGGUCUUGUAAUUAAAUUUUUUUGUUUAUUUAAUUAUUAGAGAAACCUCUAUAUAAUAAUAUUAAGCUGCGAAGUUGUGUGCACAUGCGGGCAGUAGCAAUGGUUAUCCCAGCACUGCGGGCAAUGUGCCUCAACGGUCCCAGUUCUUCGGUAGAUUAGUUUAACUCUCCUUAAGUUCCGCCCGCAGAUCCGCUGGUUUACAUUGAAGCCAGGACGAGUCUGCGAACGGUAGUCCCUUUAGAGUUUAAAGUUGUUUUAGAUUCCUAAGCACAUUCAAACACACGCAACACGACAACACCAUUAAACGUAAUGCAACAAUGUUGUCGAAACGAAAGAAACCCAAUUAUUAUUAUUAUUUAAAUAUAUACGACGAUACCCAAAUCAAGGCGAUAGUCGAAAAGCACGGGUCGCGCCAAUAAUCCUAUAUUUCCCGCUUUCCCAGGUCCUCGACUCGCCUUACAUUUUGUAUACAAGGACCAUAGAAUAAAAAGAAACAUUUUGACCACUGUAUAAAUUUUGUAACGACUCGGAAACAAACAUUACCUUUAUUUCUUAAUAGAAAAAAUGAUUCGAUUUAGCCGUAAGUUGGAUUGAAUUUAAGUGUGCGAUAUAUAAAAAUUAUAUACAUUAAAGCAAAAGCGUAGAAUCAUAAAUAAAUUUUUCAGAAUAGAAUGUAA